UCAAAUUAACUGGCAUUCCCCCCACACACUUCUCUUCUCCCCUCCCCACAGGGAGGUGGGUCUGGGCUGCCGGGCUGCUACACACUUUAAAACUAGCAGUUGAAGUUUGCCAGUUGUACACUGUGGAUAUGAACUAGAUGCUGAAGCGCAUUUGCGCCCAUAGUACCAGAUUAUACGCCUCACAUUCGUGCACCCAUCCAGCACACGGCUAAGAACAGUUCCAGCAAGGAAAAAAUAGCACACACUGGACCCUUCUGUAAAGUUUGAUGACAACUUACCAGCAAGGAUUUAUGAAAACUAAACACCCUUUGGAAUAAUGAGCAGGAGGUUGAAAUUGCAAAGAGCCCCAGCUGAGCUGUGCAUAUUGGUUGGGAUAGGCACCCUGGAGUGACAACAUCUGGUUGUAAUUAAAAAGGAGAUAAAAAUGGGGAGAGACAUUGAUUAGUAGCUGAAGUUUUUUUUGUUUUUUGUUUUAAAGUGGUUUCUCCUGCAAAGCCAGUGCAAAAGCCCUACAAGUGGACUAUGCCUAAGAACCACAGGGUUUAGUUUCUGAAAAGGACAAGACUACAGUGUGCAGUGUCUUCUGCAGAAGAUGAACAUAGAAGGUGACUAAGGGAGAAGAGGAGGAGCCCCUCUGCCUGCAUUGCAAAGAUAUGUUAUAUGGCUAUACAAAUGCCUGAAAAUCUGUAACAGGUCAGCUUCUGCUCUGACUGGAUUCUUAUUUAGGAUGCCUGUCAGGAGCCACUUGACAUAAAUCACACUGCAAGCAUUUUUUAAUCUUAGCAAUCCUUCUUGUGCCAAAGGAGGCCCCAAAGCUGCAAACCUACCAGCUGUGACAGAACUAGACCUUUCGAGAGAACACAUGGAAGUGGGAGCUGAGUGCAUUGCUCACCAAACCAGGCAUAUUGAGAAACACAAUGGAGCUCUGAUAAGUGUAAGCCUGCUACAGGAACAUGCUCAGACCUGCUAAGCAGAUGGAGACCCUGUACUUAGAGACAUCAGGCGGAGCUCUCCCGCUCCACAUACCCCCCCUCCCAUCGGAACUGCAGCAGUUCUGCAUUGCAUUUUGAUGUUGUGUCGCAUUGUCCCAAAGGAGGGGGUUACAACUGUCACAUGUUACCUUACAAAACCAAUCGGUGAGUGAGCCUACACAGUUGAUAGUGUCGCUUCCUCAAUACACAGUUGGCAGGCUCAGAGAUCAUGGAGAAGAAUGAGGCUGAAGAGACCACCUGUGGCUGGAUUCUGCUUCUUGUUUGCCUUCUCUGUGGUGGCAUUUACUAGUUUUCCUCUGCUGCUUCCAACUGAGUCCGAUUUCCAGUUCUUGGCACUAGCUGGGCCACAUGGGAAAGUCAUCCAGCCCAGGCGUCUGUGGACAAACACCACUGCCUCUGUCCCCCGGCGGGCCAGGAGUUUUGAUCACAGAGAAUGGGAACCCGCUCCCCCUGGCACCGAUCAGGAAAGCCAAUCCUCACACCAUCCCCACUCUGCCUGCAAGCCAAAGAACCAGCCAAGCAGCCUGCGCCGACAAAACCACACACUGCUGAAAGCAAAGAGAAAGCACAAAGGAGAGAUUAGGAAACAUAACGUUGUGAAAAGCUCUGAAGCCAGCAGUAAAUUACAGCAUGAAAACAUUCCCCGCAGGACCAGUGGUGAGAAGAAAAGGGAGCUUAAUACUCAUUUUUCUCUAAAGAAUACAGGGAACAAUGUUCAUUUCUAUAAGCUGACAGGGAAAAAGGCAGAUAUGAAACCACAAAUGGAGGAGGCCCCUUUCUUUUCUCCUUCACUCAGCAAUAAAAGGGGUUUUCAGGAAGGAAAGCCGGAGUUUGUUUUACUUCUUAAGAACUCUUUUGCAAGCCAGCCAACUGUGGCACAGGACCAACGCAAACCAGAUGUGCAGGCAGCUGGUGCUGAGCCGCAGCAUUCAGAUUCAAUUAAAGCCUUUAUCUCGGAAGCAGAUAGCAGGCUGCCCUUCAAAGGUGCAGCAGGCACGCGGAGAGGGACAGGCAGUUACUCCCAGGGGCCUGGAGAGCCAGGAGCUCAUUUCUGGGUGGGUGUGGCCACGCAGUUACAGACAUCUGAAUGGUGUGUGAAGACUCCAGAAGAUGCCCUUUCUGCCAAAUGGGAGGGCCGCCUGAGGUUUGAUGAGAGGAUCCCACCUUGGUUUACUGCAGACGAUGUGCAGAAGAUGAAAUGGCUGGCAAAUAGCGAAGUGGUGACCAAAACCAGAAUUCCUGCCCAUGGACAAAUACUCAGAGUCAGCCUUUUGGCCAGCCAAGACACUUCCCCAUCUGACCCUAAACGAGACUGUUCUGAUGGGCUCUGUGGAUUAAUAAAGCGGCCCAGUGACCUCUAUGAGGUGCUAGCUUUCCACUUGGACAGAGUGUUGGGGCUGAAUAGGAGUCUGCCUGCAGUGGCCCGCAAAUUCAGCAGUCCCCUGCUGCCCUACAAAUACACCAAUGGUGCAGCGAGGCCCAUCGUAUGGUGGGUGCCAGAUAUCCAGCACCUAGAUGAUGCCAACAAUGACCAGAACUCUUUUGCACUGGGGUGGCUACAGUACCAGUCUCUGCUGCAGCAGCGGUGUGGCAUGGCAGAUUCCAGGGCAGCCCUCGGAAUAGCUCCGUGUUUGAGCAUCCUGCACACAGAGUGGGCCAAACUGGCGCUCUUUGAUUUUCUCCUACAGGUUCAUGACCGCCUGGACCGUUACUGCUGUGGAUUUCAGCCAGACCCUGCAGAACCCUGCAUGGAGGAAAUGCUUCAUGACAGAUGUAGGAAUCCUGCAGAACUGGUCCUGGUCCACAUCCUGAUCCGGGGAAGUGAGCCUUCUCGCCUGGUGUUCAUUGACAACGCAGGCAGACCUUACCAUCCGGAAGCAAAACUCAACUUCAGGCUACUGGAAGGCAUAGAUGGGUUUCCUGAGACAGCUGUGACUGUGCUCAAAUCGGGAUGUUUACAGAACAUGCUUCUGAAGUCACUGUACAUGGAUCAGGAAUUCUGGGAAAGCCAGGGUGGAUACCAAGGCCUUAGACACUUGCUUCAAGUCAUUAACAGAAGAGGACAGAUCCUACUGCAGUACAUUCAGGAACACAAUUUGACAAUCUUUAAGGAUUCAUCACUUUAAAACAUGCCCCUACAAGAGCGACACACUCGCCUGACAUAAAGUGCAAGGUUGCAACCAUGGAUAUACCUCAGUCCUCUAAAGCUUUUAUGAUCAGAAGCUGAUUUUGAGUGCUUGGUUCUUGAGAAUCAAAUUCAGCAGCACAUGCUGAAGAAGCAGAAUAGAUCCGAGGAAGAGACAGAUGGGGGAAAGAAAAUUUCUGACACAUUACAGACAGGCUGGGAAAAUGCAUUAACCAAGUAUUUAUUGAGCACUGACUCCAACUUGGAUUUUCAAAGGAGUUGAAUCUCAUUGAGAUUUUGGGCACCUAACUCCUUGAGGUUCCUUUGAAAAUCUUAUCUUGAGUGUUACGGCAAAAUUCUAAGGACAACAUGAGAAAUAUUAACUCAACAGUUUGAGAGACUGACCAAAGCUCAUAGAAGUCAAUGAGAGUCUUUUCAUUGACUUCAAUAGGCUUUUGAUUAAGCCUUAACUGCUUCAGAAAUAAUCAAUAUGACCAGUUUGGUUUGACAUAAGAAAAAAGGGUGGCACCUCCAAAGUGAAUUAUAUAAAUAAUUAAAUAGCAUGUGAGCUUCAGGGAGGUGUGAGCUUCAAAAUCUAAAGGGGAUCAUUUAAAAACCACCCAUCUGAUUGCACAAGCAAUUUCCUUUUCUCUCAUUUCUUUUUAAGAGAGAUUAAAUGAUACAAGUUAUGUUAGUGCCAUGUUCAUCAAGUCAAAACAAUUGCUAUUACUAUAAAAAAAAUUGUAACCACCAAGACACUACAUUGGCCUGCAGAGUGACCACAUCAUUUUAAUGUGUGAAAUCCUGUCCCACUGAAGUCAAUGGGCGCUUUACCAUUGACUUCAAUGAGCGCAGGAUUACUCCAUUGCUUUCAUCUUUCUCCCACUCCUUCCCCAUCCUCACCAUGUGUUAUCACCUCCUGGGACUGAGCUGCACAGGUGGACUGCUGUGCCCAUGUGGAGUCCAAAAGAAAUCAAGGACAUCGCAGGGAUGCCUCGUACUAGUAAGCCCUGCACUCAGCAGUAAGUGUUUGCCGAUUGUAAACCCUUAUGAGCACAGGGUAAGUCAUUGCUUGUUCUGCGAAAUGCCAUGCACAGCUAGAGCAUUACAUGAAUAAAUAAAUAAUAACAAGAACAAUAAUAUUACAUAAUUAAAUCCACAAAAUGUACUGCAAAAGUUAAAGUCCUAACAGCAACAGUCAUUUGGCCAUCUGUGAUGUGUUCCAUUCUUGUUUUUUCUGGCUGAUAUAUUUAUGUUAAUCUCAAACAAUACCACAAAACACAUACGUUGGACAAUGGAGUUGAGUUAAUGUUGCUUUUAGAACCAAAAACUUUGCAUUUCCUGACUUCUUGUGGUUUUUAUCUGUUCAAAUUUAACAUGGCAUAACAUGCAGGUUUUUGCAUUUUUCAUGUGUGUGUGUGUGUGUGUGUGUGUGUGUGUGUUUAAACUUGGAAGAUAUCACUAUUACAUACAAUGUAA